CGGGGGCGAGCUCGCUGGCUGGGCACGGUGGGCGCGCCGGCCGCUCUGGGCAGAUGCCGAUUGAGAUCGUGUGCAAAAUUAAAUUUGCCGAGGAGGAUGAGAAGCAGAAGGAGGAAGAGGAAGGGGACAAGGAGAGUCUGAUCGAGGAGCCCAGCCGCCCGCGCACCCGCGACCUGGCCACCUUCGCUGGCACCAGCACCCUGCACGGCCUUGGCCACAUCUGUAGGUCGGGGCGCCUGGGCGUCCGGCAGACCCUGUGGGCGUUCGCCUUCCUGCUCUCGCUGGCCUUCUUCUUGUCGCAGGCGGCCCGCUCGGCGCUGCUCUACCUGGAGCGCCCGCACCUCACGGCGCUGGACGAGGAGGCCGCCCGCGAGAUGCUCUUCCCGGCCGUCACCAUCUGCAACAUCAACCGCUUCCGCCACUCCGCGCUCUCCGACGCCGACAUCUUCCACCUGGCCAACAUGACCGGGCUGCCCCCCAAGGACCGCGAGGGGCACAGGGCGGCCGACCUGCUCUACCCGGACCCGGACAUGGCCGACAUCCUCAACCGCACCGGCCACCAGCUCGACGACAUGCUCCAGAGCUGCAACUUCAGCGGCGAGAAGUGCUCCUCCCAGAACUUCACCGUGGGGCCGCUGGCCGGCGCAGGGACAAGCCGCUCGCUGCACACGACGGCCGCAGCUCUCGGGGGCUGA